UGUUCGUCGCGUUAAUCGACGUUAUGAACAUUGACCAUUGCAUUAUUCAAAAUAACAAGAACGUGCAUUACGAUACAUAGUAAAAAUGCGUACAGAAGUAAGACGGAUAAAUACUAGACGUGACAACGUACCUAGUUAUUGCGAUACGGGUACGUCUUGCGCUAUCACAAUACAAAUGCCAAAUCCAGAGGCAGUGGGUUGCGUAGAGAGAUUUGCUACUUUUUUGUCAUUUCUCCUGGUUAUCAUCACAUUCCCAUUCUCUCUCUUCGAAUGUUUCAAGGUAGUGCAAGAAUUCGAACGAGCUGUGAUUUUUCGACUUGGAAGACUAAGAAAAGGCGGCGCAAGAGGGCCUGGAUUGUUCUUUGUUCUACCUUGUAUUGACACUUACAGAAAAGUUGAUCUCAGAACAGUAUCAUUCGAUGUCCCUCCACAAGAGGUACUAACAAGAGACUCGGUAACAGUAGCGGUGGAUGCUGUGGUCUACUACAGGAUCAAAGAACCGUUGAACGCUGUUGUUAGAGUUGCCGAUUACAGUGCAUCUACUCGUCUACUGGCAGCAACUACUCUCCGAAAUGUUUUGGGUAUGAGGGACCUCGCCCAACUUCUAUCAGACCGCGAAGCCAUCAGUCACAUGAUGCAAGCCAAUUUGGACGAAGCUACUGAUCCUUGGGGCGUAGAAGUGGAAAGAGUAGAAAUUAAAGAUGUUCGUUUACCAGUACAACUACAACGAGCUAUGGCUGCCGAAGCCGAAGCCGAUCGAGAGGCGCGAGCUAAAGUAAUUGCUGCUGAAGGAGAAAUCAAAGCAUCCAAAGCUUUAAAAGAAGCUUCUCUUGUCAUGAUUGAUAAUCCUAUGGCGUUACAGUUACGAUACCUACAGUCUCUCAAUACUAUAUCAGCAGAGAAGAAUUCCACAAUAAUAUUUCCAUUUCCCAUGGAUUUCCUCAAGACUUUCUUGCCUGGUCCGAGCAUGUCGCAUUUGCCUGUAUAAGAUCAAUAUAAUUUUUGUGAAUGAUGCCAUUAUAAUAAUAAUAAGUUAAUAAGAAUUUUACUAUACUGUAAUACAUUUUACAUAGUAGCUGUACUUAAUAUAAUAUAGUAUCUAAUAACAUGAUUAAAAAUAAAACAAUUAAAAUAACCAUUUCUGGACAGCGCCAUCUAGUAUCAAAUAAUAGAUGCUGAAUUAGAAAGAAAGCAAACUAGUUAUGUAGGCACUACCUUUCAUCACUUUAUCUAUGAUACUGAAUUAAACAAGUGGCGAAAACUCUUCGAUUAUGGACUAACCUUACAGGUACUGUCCUUCAUCUAUUGUUAACUUAAUUUAUACCUUUAAUCUAACUCCAAAUAGAAUGCCGUAGAUUAUACUACAUCUAUGAAAGGACGAAAGUGUUCUUGAGACCAUAUCUAUAAGUCUGCCAAAUAUUGUUAUAAAUAGACAAUCAUUCCAUUACUUGAUCGAUUACUUCCGUCAAUUUAAAAUGAGACAAACUGUUAUAAAAUUCAAAUACUGAAUCUUAGAGUAAUAAUAACAGUAGUACAUAAGUUCUUAUAAUAAUUAAAAUUUGUAGAAGACAACCUGAGCGUUAUAAGUUAUAAAACGUUAAAAGGAAAGAACAUAUGAAUCUAUGGUAGAAAUAUCUGUAUAAAAGCAGUAACUACUUCAAAAUACUAUUAGGCUGUACGAUUAAACGACCAUUGCCUUGCAUUUAAAGAAAAUGGGACAGAUAUGAUAAAAAUUAAUUAUCAGUCGUGAAGUCAUUGAAUAAAUUACCAAGAAUUUAUUUAUACUACAAUAUAAAUAUAAAUUUAUACUAUUUAUUUUGUGUUUUCUUUGUUUUUAAAAGUCAAAUUUUUUACAAUGCAACAGGCCUCAACAUUAAUUCUUACAGGUAAAAAAUUUAAGGAUAUUCGAAAAUAUAUGUGUAAUCUCCAGAGAAAUCUUGUACACUUAAUACAAAUUACUUCUUUGUAGAAGAAACAGUUUAAGGAAACUUUAAUAUUUACAGAUAUAAAGAAAGAAUCUUUAAAAGAGAAAUUUUUUCGAUUUAUUGCUAUAUUGUUGAUAAUUAUUUUCCCUGUUAUGCUGGUGCUGUGCUUUCGAGUUGUGAAGCAAUACAAAAGAGCAGUUGUUUUAAGAUUUGGAAGAGUGAGAGCUGAUUCUCCAGCUGGACCUGGUAUCAUUUGGGUUAUACCAUGCACUGAUACUGUAAUACUGAUAGAUCUCAGAACACAAUCUUUCAGUUUACCACCACAAGAGGUCCUUACAAAAGACUCCGUAACAGUUUCAGUCGAUGCAGUUGUUUAUUUCCAUAUUGUAAAGCCUCUUAAUUGUUUUCUAAAUGUUCAGUCACAUGGACGUGCCACGGAAUUAAUAGCUGUUGCUAUACUGAGAAACAUAUUAGGUCAAUAUACACUGUCUGACUUGUUAACAAACAGGGGAGCUAUUAGUUGCACAGCUAAGAAAGAAAUAGAAAAAGUGACUAUUGAAUGGGGCAUUGAAAUAGAAAGAGUUGAAAUGUAAUUCUUAAAUAUUAUU